AUGAACGGCGGCUUUGCAGACGUGGUCCCCUGGUUUCUAUUCUCGGAACUCGGUGGCAUAGAGUCUCAACACUCAGAUUCUCGGAACUCGGAAGUCAGUGGCACAGCCGCACAGAGAAAAAAACGUAAACAAGAAGCUUUAAUCGAAUCACAAAAGGGAGCACUUUUAAAAUUUUGUACACCUACAACAAGUCAACCUACAAACGAUAGUGAUACACCUACAAAUAAUGAACCUACAAACAAUAGUGAUACACCUACAAAUAAUGAACCUAUAAACGAUAGUGAUACACCUACAAAUAAUGAACCUACAAACGACGAAAAACCUACGAAUGCUGAAUUUAAAACCAAUGAAAUACAUAUAAAUUUUGUUGAUCCAAGUCAAUGGAAUAAUAUUAGUAUUGAUCUAAGAGAUAUACUCGUAGAAAAAAGUCCGAUUAAAAUUCAUGAUUACGAUUUUCCACAAGAUGAAAACUCAAGAAGCUUUAAUACAUCUCCCUAUAUGCGAACAUUACCAAAUGUUGAAACGCUAGAAAGAAAAUGGUUGAUUUAUUCUAUAGAUUUAGAUAGAGCGUUUUGUUUUUGUUGUAAAUUAUUUAACGUGAAUCAAUGUACUAGUAGCUUAGCUAAAGAAGGUAAUAACGAUUGGAAAAAUAUUAGUAGUAAAUUAAAAGAACAUGAAAAAAGUAAAGUACAUAUUAACAAUAUGAGAACAUGGAUGGAAUUAGAGAUAAGAUUGACGAAAAAUAAGACAAUCGAUAAACAAAAUCAAAAUCAAAUAAAUAAAGAAAAAGAACAUUGGAGAAAUGUGCUUAAAAGAAUUAUUGCCCUUGUAAAGAGUCUUGGUACACAUAAUUUAGCAUUUCAUGGGACAAAUGAACAAUUGUAUGAAGAAAACAAUGGUUUAUUUUUAGCCGGUAUUGAGAUGAUUGCAGAAUUUGACCCGAUAAUUCAAGAACAUGUUAGACGCAUACAAAAUAAGGAAAUUCAUAAUCAUUAUCUUGGACCCAGAAUGCAAAAUGAACUAAUACAUUUAUUAUCAAAUGAGGUCAAAACAAAAAUUAUUAAAAAGGUUAAAGAAGCUAAAUAUUUUUCAAUUAUUCUUGAUUGCACACCCGAUAUAAGCCACAAAGAACAAAUGUCCAUUAUCUUACGAUGUUUAGAUAUUUCGCCAACUUCAAUAGAAGUUAAAGAAUACUUUUUAGAAUUUUUAAUAGUGAAUGAUACAACCGGUAAAUGUCUUUUUAAUUCUAUUAUUGAGGAACUUAAUAGAAUAGGACUUAAUGUGGAUGACAUUAGAGGUCAAGGUUAUGAUAAUGGUUCGAAUAUGAAAGGAAAACAUAAGGGAGUACAAAAACGAUUGUUAGAAGUUAAUCCUAGAGCCUUAUAUGCUCCAUGUGGUUGUCAUAGUUCAAAUUUAGUUAUUUCUGAUAUGGCUAGCGCUUGUGACAAAGUUCAAGAUUUUUUUGGAACCAUACAACGUAUUUAUUCUAUUUUUGUGUCAUCCACUAAAAGAUGGAAAAUUUUACAAGAUAAUAUACCUUAUUUAACUCUUAAAUCAUUAUCACAAACACGUUGGGAAAGUCGAUCAGAAAGUGUUAAAGCAAUUAGGUUUCAAGCUCCAAAACUAAGAGAUGCAUUAUUGGAUUUGUAUCGUGAUAGUACCGAGGCUAAUGUUAAAAGUGAGGCUAAAUCUUUAGUUGAAAAUGAGUUGGAAAAAAUUUGA